AUGUUGGUUCUCGGAAAGACGGGUUCGAGAGUUGUCAUGGCGGAUACGGUUAUGGAGCUCGUAACGACGACAGACGAUGUCGUUGCUCAACAGCAUCUACUCGUUAUGGACUUGAAAAUCUCCCGUCCAAAGGAGAGACAUCUAAGGACUGAAACACAGCGCAGCAAAUGGUGGAAUCUGGAAGAUAGAAAGGAGGAAAUGUGGUCGUCUACUUCUAGCGUUAUACGCUUGACCGCGGAGAACACUCUGGGAAAGAAGACUCUAAGUAAGCCCAAGGUACAAAAGGCUACGUGGUUUUGGAACGAGGAAGUUCAGGCGGCAAUUCGUGAGAAGAAGUCCAAGUAUAAGCUCUGGUGGAGGACGCGUCAGCCUGAAGAUCGGGGUGCUUACCUAGCGGCGAAGAGGGAGGCUAAGAAGGCAGUCUCCAAGGCGAAGUCGGACCGCUACAAGGCUGUGUACGACAUGCUUGAUGCCGGAGAAGGCGAGAGGGAAGUGUAUCGUUUAGUUAGGGCGUGUCAUCGCUCAACGUUGGAUACAGAGCACACCAAGUUCGUUAAGGGAGCUGAUGGAGCCGUUUUGCGCCGCUCUGGUCAGAUCCUGGAGAGGUGGCGAGAGUACUACAAUCAUUUGUGUAACGAAGAGUUCUGUCAUCCUCCAAGUGUUCCCAGUGUCGAGGGUCCUGUUCUACCAAUUACUGCCGUCGAAGUGACCGUGCCUGUCUGGAAAGGGAAAGGAGACAUUGCUGACUGCACUUCGUACAGACCUAUACGACUGUUGUGCCAUACGUUGAAGGUUUCUGAGCGUGUCCUGGAAGCUCGUCUGAGGAAAAUUGUCAGCGUUUCACUCAACCAGUGCGGCUUUGUGAAGGACUGCAACACUAUGGAUGCUAUCCAUGCUGUCCGUAUCCUCCUGGAGAAACAUCGAGAGAAGAACCGCAGUGUGCAUCUUGCUUUUCUCGAUCUCGAGAAAGCUUUCGACCGUGUCCCUCAUGAGCUGUUAUGGAUGUCCAUGAGGUCGCAUAGAGUACCAGAAGAAUAUGUGCGGUGGACGAAGCUGCUUUAUGCGAUUGUAUAUGUUGUACGAUGUCCUGCUGGAACAAGCAGGCCAUUCCCUGUACAAGUUGGGGUUCAUCAGGGUUCAUCCCUCUCACCCCUGCUGUUCAUACUGUGCAUGGACACGAUAACGAAGGAAAUACAGAAGCAGCAUCCGUGGACUCUUAUCUUUGCCGAUGUCAUGCUCGCGUCGGAAUCUCGAGAUGAUCUUCAGAAAUACGUACAGUCUUGGAAGGAUCAGCUGCAGCAACAUGGAUUGCGCCUCAACACAUCAAAAACUGAGUACAUGGAGUGCGGACCAAGGAUAGAGGAUGGUUCAAUUCGUGUCGAUGGCACCGAAUUAAGCAAGGUGAACUGUUUCAAGUACCUUGGAUCCAAAGUGACUUCCACAGGCGACAUCAUGAUCAAGAAGGGCGGUUGUGCGUGCUGUUGCCCUUUACGGAUGCGAGUGCUGGCCGACGACGAAAGCCUUGGUAAGAGUGUUGCACGCUAUGGAGAUGCGGAUGUUGAGGUCGACGAUAGGAGUGAGGCCGCGUGGGAGGCCAAAGAUUCGCUAGUUAGACCGUGCGAAGCUGGAUAUGAUAGAUGCGCGUUUGUGUACGGCUGA